AUGGAAAAUAACAGGGCUUUGCUUUUCUUGCUGUUUUUAGCUGUUUCUGCAGUUUUUGCUGAUGAAGAUGUCUUUAUUGGUGUGAACAUUGGAACAGAACUUUCGGACAUGCCUCAUCCAACUCAAGUAGUUGCACUUCUUAAAGCUCAGCAAAUUCGACAUGUCCGACUCUUCAAUGCAGAUCGCGGCAUGCUCCUUGCACUUGCAAAUUCAGGCAUAAAAGUUGCUGUUUCCGUGCCCAACGAACAGCUCCUUGCUGUUGGUCAAUCAAAUGCUACUGCCGCUAAUUGGGUUGCUCAAAAUGUUGUUUCGCAUUAUCCAGCUACCAACAUCACAACUAUUUGUGUUGGUUCCGAGGUUCUAUCCGCCCUGCCAAAUGCUGCAUCUAUCCUCAACAAUGCCCUUAAGUUCAUCCAUUCAGCGCUCGUGGCAUCUAACCUGGAUAGGCAAAUAAAAGUUUCAACGCCUCUAGCUUCUUCCAUCAUCCUCGACUCGUUUCCUCCAUCUCAGGCCUUCUUCAAUCACACUCUGAAACCAGUAUUAGUACCAAUGCUGAAAUUCCUGCAAUCCACUGGUUCUUAUUUCAUGCUAAAUGUGUAUCCUUAUUACGACUACAUGCUAUCCAACGGUGUUAUUCCACUAGAUUAUGCUCUCUUCAGGCCCCUAGCUGCAAAUAAAGAAGCAGUGGACUCCAACACACUUUUGCAUUAUACUAACGUCUUUGAUGCAAUGGUUGAUGCUGCUUACUUUGCUAUGCUUGAUCUCAAUUUCACUAAUAUUCCAGUUAUGGUGACUGAAUCGGGCUGGCCAUCACAGGGCGACUCCGAUGAACCUGAUGCUACUUUAGACAAUGCCAACACGUACAACAGCAAUCUGAUAAAGCAUGUCCUAAACAAAACCGGAACUCCUAAGCAUCCCGGUAUUGCUGUUAGUACGUACAUCUACGAGCUAUACAAUGAGGACAAUAAGCCAGGGCAUUUGUCAGAGAAGAAUUGGGGAUUAUUUAAUGCCAACGGCACACCAGUUUAUAUUCUACGCUUGACUGAAUCAGGGUCUAUGUUUGCAAAUGAUACUUCGAAUCAGACUUAUUGUGCUGCCAAAGACGGGGCAGAUUCUAAAAUGCUACAAGCUGCUUUGGAUUGGGCUUGCGGACCUGGUAAGGUGGAUUGUUCAGCGUUGUUGCAGGGGGAACCGUGUUAUGAACCAGAUAAUGUCGCUGCACACGCUACCUAUGCUUUUGAUGCCUACUAUCACAUGAUGGGUAGGGCUCCUGGGACUUGUGACUUCAACGGGGUAGCUACUAUCACCACAACAAAUCCAAGUCAUGGUUCUUGUGUAUUUUCUGGAAGUCUUGGCAGAAACGGCACUUUUCUAAAUGGCACGGCUCCAGCUAUGGAUUCUACGACUUCAUCAGCUUCUCCUGCUCGGUAUUUAAACAACAAUGCCUAUUCAACAAUGCUGACAAUUCUGGGAAUUCUUGUAUGGAGCAUGAAUCUAUUGUAGCAUGAUAACACUUGCGAUAUUGCCAUUGCAGAAGGUGAAACAUGCACAUUUUCUUUUCAAGAAACGCGACUAAGUUAUCGUCGAUCCCAUUACCUUUUUGGAACAGGAAGUAGGUUUACUGAUCUUCAGACACUGCAUAAUUUUGUACAAAGCCACGAGGAGGGCCUGUAUGUAGUUUCUUUGGUAGUGUAGGGGUGAAACAUUGAACCACUUUACAAUUCUUUACAUUUGUUCUAUUGGUUUCCUUAUGAUCAUUGGAAUUCCAAUUUCUUUCUCUUGCCUAAAGGCCUUUCUAGUUCUUGUGAUUUACUUCC